GGGUCUUACAACGAAACGAACGGUGAUCUACACGCGACAGAGGGCGGAUGCGUCGUCGUCGUGUCUUGCUACUCUUACUGUCGACAACGACAUUCCUCCGUGUCUCCACAGCACAGCAGGACGAGCCAAAAGCAAGUGUUGUAGAAGUGCAAACGAAGCUUGGAACAGUCCGAGGAACAGAGUCCGAUCAUGGAAAUAAAAGAGUUCGGUCGUUUUUGGGAGUACCAUUCGCCGAGCCACCCAUCAAUGAGCACCGCUUCAAAAAGCCCACUCCAGCACGACCUUGGAAUGGAACGAUAUCAGCGAACACUCUAUCGCCGGCAUGUUUUCAGGGACGAGAUUCCUAUGAUCCAACAUUCUGGGGUAGUGAAAUGUGGAAUGCAAAUACUCCCGUCAGUGAGGACUGUCUCUAUGUGAAUAUUUGGGCUCCGGCGGAUGCUUACAAUCUUACUGUACUUGUAUGGCUGUUUGGUGGUGGCUUCUGGUAUGGAUCCCCAUCACUGUUACUUUACGACGGAAAAGAACUAGCAACACGUGGAAAUGUGAUAGUAGUGAACAUCAACUAUCGAGUUGGACCAUUUGGAUACCUGUUUCUAGAUCAUGAAGAUGUUCCUGGAAAUAUGGGAAUGCUUGAUCAACAACUCGCACUUUAUUGGAUAAGGGAUCAUAUUUUCUCGUUUGGAGGAAAUCCGGCGAGGAUAUCGUUGGUUGGAGAAUCGGCUGGAGCAGCUUCGAUUGUAGCUCACUUAAUUGCACCGGCGUCGAAGGGAUUAUUCCAAAACGGAAUUCUCCAAUCAGGAUCCCUCGACAACAAGUGGUCAAUGGAUUCUCCGAAACGAGCAAAACAAAAAUCAACAGCACUAGCCGAUCUUGUCGGCUGCAAUCAGACAAAGAUCACUGAUCAAACUGCAUGUCUUCGGAAUACUCCGGCUCAGCUGCUCAUUGAUAACAUUUGGAACGUUGGCCUCAACUUCCUCGAGUUCCCAUUCGCAAUCGUAUCCAAGGAUCAGAACUUUUUCAAACAUCUCGACGGAUUUAUUGCAUUACGGGAGGGAACCUACUCGACAGAUGUGAAUCUAAUGUUCGGAAUCAAUCACGACGAGGGAAACUUCUGGAAUAUUUAUAAUCUCGCAAAGUUUUUCGACAAGCAAUCAGUGAAGCCAGGCUUGGAUCGAGAUGAAUUCCAUGAAUGUGUGGACACUGCGUUCGCAGUUCAGCCGGAAUUAGUCCGAACAGCUGCCAAGUAUGUGUACUCGGAUCCAAAGUGUACGGACCCGAAGAAGAAAACCGAUUUCUAUACGGAACAGGUGAACCAGAUGGUCGGUGACUACUUCUUCACGUGUGACAGUAUAUGGUUUGCGCACAACUAUCCGAAAAUGGCCGGGAAUCAAUCGAAUGUUUUUGUCUACUAUUUUGAUCAGCCAUCCAGUGCAAAUCCCUGGCCAAAAUGGACGGGAGUAAUGCAUGGAUAUGAAAUCGAGUAUGUUUUCGGAGUACCUCUUCAUAACACAACUGCUGGCUACACAAAAGAGGAGAUGGAUGUUUCCGAGAAAGUCAUCGAUUUCUGGACCACAUUUGCCAAUACAGGUGUACCCUCUCUUCGGAAGCGAGCAGUAGGAACAACACAAAAGAUCAAAUGGGAUCGGUACGACGGAACCGAUCACACGACGUGGAUGAACAUCAAGACUGGGUCGUUCAGAAUGAUUCAAGAAAUCAAGAAAGUUGAAUGCGAUUUGUGGAGGAAUGCAAAGGACAUGGAGUAUUCAGCUUACAAGGAAGAACUCGCCACAACAUCAUCUUCAACUCUCACACAAUACACAAUAUAUUUAAUAUUACUAUCAGCCUUUCAACUAGUUUUCAACUUUUUCUAACUUUUUUUAAACUUUUUUUUUUGAAAAUUCCGUGAAUUACAUGUGUGCUCACUUACAAAAAUUCUUUCUCUUUUCUUUCAAAUUAUCGCAUUUUUUCACAAUUCCAGCAUUUUUCGAUAUCUUCUCAGGGAGUAGUGGAUCUCUGUUUUCUUUAUAUCCUUUCCUAGCCUUCGUCUCUUUCAGCAUUCCAAUUUCUAUCUUCAGUAUUUGAAUUACACAUAUCAUUAGCCAAUUAUCUAGGUUUGCAUUUAGUAUUUUUCUUUUUUGGUAUGUUUUUUAAUGAAUUUUAAUGUAAUUUUUCAAUUUUGUAAUAAAUGAAUUUGUAAUAU